AUGAGUACCAUCAGCUGGAACUGUCGUGGCUUGGGCAAUCCACGAACAGUUCGAGAAUUAACGGACCUUGCGUCCCAGAAGAAGCCUGAUUUUAUUUUUCUUAUGGAAACCAUGGUGCAACGAGUACAUGCUGAAAGAAUUUGUGUCACUCUUGGUUUUGAUGGUCUUUUUUAUGUUGAUCCGACACCGCAAGGUGGUGGUGGUUUAGCACUACUGUGGCGGAAGAAUAAUACGGAAAGUCUAUUGAGCUACCCCAAAAACCAUAUUGAUAUUGAGGUAAAUAUGUCCAGUUUUUCGAGGUGGAGGAUGACAUGUUAUUAUGGCUACUCCCAGCGCCAUAGGAGGGCAGAAGCGUGGGAAUUGAUAAAAUCCUUUGCACCCCGGUCCACCUUACCAUGGGUUAUGAUUGGAGAUUUUAAUGAUCUCCUAUUUCAACACGAGAAGAGAGGAGUUAAUCCUCAUCCUAAUAGUCUCCUACGCGGCUUUGGGGAGACUAUUGAUCAAUGUGGUUUGACUCAGUUGCCUAUGGAGGGUUACCGUUUUACUUGGGAAAAAGGAAAAGGUACGCCAGCUUGUAUUGAAGAACGAUUGGAUAAAGUGUUAGCAUCUAAUGGUUGGCGCGAGAUUGUGCAUGGGGCCAGAGUUAUUAAUAAUCUGAUGAGGAAAUCUGAUCAUUCUGCGCUGUUUUUGAGUGUCCAUGGAACAUUCCAAAACGGAGGGGGAGGAAGGAGAGGGUUUCGGUUCGAAAUGGCCUGGAUAUAUGAUGAUGGAUGCAGGAAUGUGGUGGAAAAGUCAUGGGAGGAAGGGAGGAGUGAAGGGAUCCAAGACUGUAUAGCACACUGUGGGAACCGAUUGUCCAGAUGGGGCGGAGACCGGUAUCAUAAGUUUGGAAUUCUGAGCAAUAUGGAGAUCCAGGAGGAUGCUUACUGGAGGCACAGAGCCAAACAACAUUGGCUAAAGAAUGCAGAUGCUAAUACAAAAUUCUACCACAGUAUCCCCUGUGUAACCCAGAAUCAGAAUGAGUCAUUAUUACGUCCUUUUGAGGUAUUUGAAGUUAAAGAUGCCCUGUUUGCAAUGGCCCCUGACAAAGCUCCUGGACCGGAUGGUAUGAACCCAGGUUUUUACCAAUAUUUCUGGGAUGUAGUUAGUAACGAUAUUUCGGCAUUUAUAGUGAAUUGCCUUAAUAAUCGAGUCUUCCCCUCUGGCCUGAAUAAUACGGAUGUGGUACUCAUCCCGAAAAAGAAAACCCCUGAGGUGGUAGCGGAUUUUCGCCCGAUAGCGUUGAGCAAUGUGAUCUACAGGAUAAUGGCUAAGAUGAUUACGCAGAGAAUGAAACCAUUAAUGGAGAAUAUAAUAUCUAGCUCUCAGAGUGCAUUUAUUCCAGACAGGCUGAUUACUGAUAAUAUUCUUGUAGCUGCGGAAGUGGGCCACUACUUGAAUAGGAAACAGUGCGGGGCUGUAGGUUGGAGUGCACUCAAACUUGAUAUGGCCAAAGCCUAUGACCGCAUGGAAUGGCCCUUCCUCCGUGGGAUGUUAUUAGCUCUGGGCUUCGAUAAUAGAUGGAUUGAGUUGCUUAUGUUGUGUGUGACUACUGUAUCGUAUAACUUUAUGAUAAAUGGCUCUCGCAGUUCCUCCAUUACGCCUACGCGUGGCCUUCGCCAGGGGGACCCAUUAUCUCCAUAUUUGUUUAUUAUAUGUGCGGAGGGGCUUUCAGUGCUAUUGCAGCAGGCGCAGAAUAGAGGUUUAAUACAUGGCUGCAGGGUUGCUAGGGGAGCACCGCCGAUCUCUCAUUUAUUUUUUGCAGAUGAUAGCCUACUAUUUUUCAGAGCAAAUAGACAGGAAGCAUCUGAGAUAAAAAAAAAAUGUUUACAGUUAUAUGAGAAUUUAUCUGGUCAGAAAGUAAAUUAUCAUAAGUCCAAUAUAUGCUACAGCAGGAAUACAGGACAGAUUGAUAAAGAUAUGGUGGCACAAAUACUAGGUGUUAACCAAGCCCCCAACUUUGGGAAAUACCUAGGGUUACCCUCAAUUGUGGGUAGAAACAAGAAGGCUGCAUUUGCAUACAUAGAAGAUAAAAUCAAACAGAGGAUUUGA